UAAUUAGGUCUUUGUGUAGGUAGGAUUGCUUCAUUUCGAGUAGAAGGCGGAGGUCAUCGAAAAGCAAAAAAACAAUGGCCAAGCUCGGCGUCGGCUGCGAUGAGACCGCCGACGCCGAUCUGAUUGAGAGGAGCGACUCCUCAGAAUCUUGGAUGGAAUUCUUAUCUUCGAUUCGACGACGCCGCUUCUCAUCCCCCUCCCCUACCGCCUUCCUCAGCCCCGCCUUCGACGCCUGCGCCGCUGCCACCCACUCCUCCUCCUCCAGUGGCGGAUCCAUCGACUUCGACGCCUCCCUCCUCAGGUACACGCGGUACGGGAACCAUAUUUUUCCCUCCGUCUCGUCCGAUUUCCGGUCGACGUCGACCAGGCGUCGCCUUCGCCGCCAGCUCAAGCUCCGUUCCUCUUCGGGUUCUCUUCCGUAUGAAUCGUCCACAGGUGGAUGCUCAUCCGUUUCGCCUCUGUCUGCGAUCGACAACGUUGUUCACGCGAGGUCAAGGGUGCACAUGACGCCUGUGAAGGUGGAGGUGGGGGAAGACUUGGUGGUGAUGGAUGGGGUGCUGGUGAGCGACGCCGGAUCUUCCAACGGUCGUGGUAAUUUUAAGACGGAGUUCGGGCGUGCCUGGGACGAGAAUGCCUUCUGCCGUUACAGUUCUAAAUGCCAGCUUGGGAAAGAGGAGCUACAUAAUGUCCAUGAUGUGAAGCGCAAACCUGAGUUAUCAGCUAGGCAUUUUGGCUGGAGCAGUAAUCACUCUUUUCCACCAGCUAUUGGUGUUACUGCUGGAGGGACUUCCAAAAAUGUUGUUUUAGCUUCUUCCAAUACUCUCUCUAGCACAGAGGCAGACUACAACAAACUUGCCACUGGUUGCCUUUCUACACUAAAAUCACUUGAUCCUCAUUUGAUCCUCGACAAAUCUGCAGCAGUAGCUGAAGAGACUGCUAAUAAUGUUCUUCCUCACCUGAUCUCAAAUUUAGCAACUACCAAGAUAGAUGAAAAGCAGCUGUUGAAGCCUCUUUCUGUCUCAAGGUCAAUAGAGCCAUCAUUUCAGUGGCCUCCAACAAAAGAUGAGGAUGCUAAGAUAACUCAGAUUCUAUAUGGCCUCAACAAGCGUCCAAGGCUCCCUGUCUUCACUCAAUUCUGCCCACAGCAUGUGGAAGAAGGGAGCAGUAACACACAAUGAACUCGUUGAGAUGCAGUACAACUUCAACAAUUGAAUGAAAUCUCAACAUUUAAAUGUUUAGGAGUUGCAAUCGAAUAAUAGUAGCAGUAAGGGAUUACACAGAUACAACCACAAGGAUAGCAGCACUUUGGUUCUUGUGAAUAAUGCCAGUUUCAUAAUCUUGAAAUUGAGACAAUAAAUUGAGACAGUGUACUUUUUUACUGGUAAAUCUGUUCAUAUAGUUGUCAUUGCGGUAGUUUGAAAAGAAUUUUCUUAUACAUAUGACUGAUGUAUAUACAGCUGUGCCAAGAGGGCAACAUAUUGAUUGGUUAUGUUUGCCCCUCACGUUGAUCUUAGUUUGUUGUCCUGUUAAUCAAUACUUAACAAUUUCAAACCA